AUGGCUUUGCUUAUGAGCCUUGUCUUCUCAAAUACUUUAAGAUAUUAUCCGAUUGGGAGCAUUGAGCGUGCAACAGCCAAGAAUCUCAGUGUUGUUUUUGAGACCAAAUGGAAAGAAGAUAUGGAGAAAAAGCCAAAUGCUAUUUGUCACCCUCUCCGCAAGGAAUUGGCUUGGGAUUCUCACCCAAUUGAUUCAACCGAAGAUGAUGACUUCGCCACCCUGUUCAUCAUGCCAUGGAUCCGAUCAGGCCUCCCAUAA